AUGAUGAGCUUUUCUCAACGGCCACCAAUGGCCUCUUUUCCUUCCAUUUACAGUUACUCUCACAAGCCUCUGCAACUCCACCUCUCCCUCUCCAACUUCUCUUCUUCCCUCACCACUCACCUCUCCCCUCCAAACCACCCCCUCACGCCUCCAGCUAACGUGCGCCUCGCCGCCCUCUCCGAAACCGCCUUAUCCGGAGAAGUCUCCAAUUCUUCCCCAAAUGCCGAUUUCCUCUCUGGGUUUUCUUCUUUCUCCGAUUCCACCAAAAGGGCCGCCGCAAAAUCUCCUGAAACUAGUCGCCGUGAUGCAGAGAAGCCUACUGAGAGAAGGGUUGUGUUAAAGGAUAGGUAUUCUAAGAGGAGGAAAGAUGUGAAAUUGGGGAGGAAUGGGGAAAAGAUUGGAUCUUUGAGGGAAUCCAAGGAGAAGAGGGUCAAGAAAUUGAGAGAUGAUCAGCCGGGAAACGUGUUGAGGGUUGGAUUGGACAGUUGCUCCAAAAUGGGGGAUGUAGUUGGUGCGAUUAAGCUCUAUGAUUUGGCUAGGAGGGAAGGGAUCGAAAUUGGGCAGUACCAUUAUGCUGUUCUUCUCUAUCUCUGCUCUUCUGCAGCUGCUGGUGUGGUUCAGCCUGCUAAGAGCGGCAGCCGGGGCCGGAGCCUGAGCUCGAGUUCUCAAUCGUUGAGUAGUACUGUUGAAGUGGUGGAUUGUGGGAGUGGAUUUAGUGGUGAGGAUAGUUUGGAUGGUUUGGUUCAAUCUAUGAGGAAAGCUGCUGGGAAUUUGAGUAGUAGAAGUGAGGGGAUUCAAGUGAGUGAGGAAUUGAAGAGAGUUGCUCUUGAAAAGGGGUUUGAGAUAUAUAAGGAGAUGGGGUUGGAGAAGGUUCCAAUGAAUGAAGCAACUUUCACAUCUGUAGCAAGAAUGGCUAUGGCUUUGGGAGAUGGUGAGAUGGCAUUUGACAUUGUGAAGCAAAUGAAGGAAUAUGGGAUUAAUCCUAGGCUGAGAUCAUAUGGACCUGCUCUAGCUAUCUUCUGCGGUAAUGGGGAUGUUGAGAGUGCGUUCGAGGUUGAAAAGCACAUGCUUGAAAACGGGGUCUACCCGGAGGAGCCCGAGCUGGAGUCUCUUCUUAGAGUAAGCACAGAGGCUGGGAGAAGUGAUAAGGUGUAUUACAUACUGCAUAAGCUUAGGACAAGUGUGAGGCAGGUUUCGCCUAGCACAGCGGAUUCGAUUGAGAGGUGGUUCGCGAGCAAGGUGGCUUCGCGGGUGGGGAGAAGGAAAUGGGAUCAAGAAUUGAUCGUACGAGCAAUGGAGAAUGGUGGGGGUGGGUGGCAUGGGACUGGCUGGUUGGGUAGAGGGAAGUGGAGGGUGUCGCGUAGCCGUGUUGGUUCUGAUGGAGUAUGUGAAUGCUGCGGUGAGAAGUUGGUUACAAUAGACCUUGAUCCGGUGGAAACAGAAAACUUUGCCAAAUCUGUGGCGUCCAUAGCUGCGGAGAGGGAGAGGAAUUCGAGUUUUCAGAAGUUUCAAAAGUGGCUUGACUACUAUGGACCUUUUGAGGCCGUGGUGGAUGCUGCAAACGUCGGGCUUUACAGCCAACGAAAGUUCAAGCCAUCCAAGGUCAAUCUAGUUGUGAAUGGGAUCCGGAAGAUGCUUCCUUCGAAGAAAUGGCCUCUCAUCGUAUUGCAUAAUAGGCGAAUUACGGGGGAGAAGAUGGAUGAGCCUUUUAAUAGAGGUUUGGUUGAUAAGUGGAAGAAUGCUGAUGCUCUCUAUGCAACACCAACUGGAUCAAAUGAUGACUGGUACUGGUUAUAUGCAGCUAUUAAGUGCAGAUGCUUGCUUGUGACGAAUGACGAGAUGAGAGAUCACCUGUUUCAACUUCUAGGGAAUGAUUUCUUCCCAAAAUGGAAGGAAAGGCAUCAGGUUCGCUUCAGCUUUGCUGAAAGUGGUCCAGUGUUUCGAAUGCCACCUCCGUGCUCUGUUGUUAUACAGGAGACAGAGAAGGGCCAUUGGCACGUGCCCAUCGCAUCUGAGGUUGAAAAUGAGGACGAACGGAUUUGGUUAUGCUGUUCUCGUGGAAACUCAAGCUCGACAAACAAUCAAGAUUCUUCAUUUUCACCCAAAGAGGCAAAAGUGUCCCGGCAGCAGAUGCAAACGAGGGAUCUGGUCGAGUCUCUGUUAACUAGAAGGCGCAGGGACGAAUGCAGCAGCGAUGAAGCAAGCUCAGAUGGUGAAUUCCCGGAGGAUGAUGCUUCGGUUGUUCGACAGCUUGAGGCUGCAGAGAGGCGCGGUGCGUGUGUGAUCGAUUUCGAAAUAUAAGUGGAUUAAGGUGUAGGAGUAGGGAGUUUUAGCAGUGUUCAUUUAGAUUGAUUGGUAGCCUCUUUGUACAGAUUGUGAGAUCAGUUUUGUUUUGUGCUAUAUUUUCUUGCAUUGUGUAGUUACAAGUGAAAUUUAUCACUGUUUUUUCUUUUUA